UUUCUCCUCUUGCAACCAGCGUUAUCUUUGCACGAUUGCCGAAGCAUCAACUCCAAUAAAGGGGGCCGUCACCCCCUCCUAAGUACUGGCCCGCGAUUCCCGUCACCGAUCUUUUCCAGAAGGGAGCGAUGAUGGCAGGCGGCGGGUCCUCCUCCGGCUCGCUGUCGACGGUGUCGAAGGGUCCUCCACUGCCGCCGGAAGCGGAGGAGUUGGAGGAGGACGCGGUGGAGAUAGACUACGUGGGGCUGUCGGAAGAGAGCUCCUCGUGUUACCCUGGUGGGAAAGGCGACGACGGCGAAACGGAGGAGAAGGAGGAGGAGGAUGAGGAGCUGGAGCUGGGGCUGAGCCUGGGGGCCAAGAAGGCCGGCGGCGGCGCAAGCAGGGGAGGGGCGCCGUGGCGGGAGUACUGUAGGAUUCUCACCGCCGAGGACUUCCCGUCGCUGGUCUCGCGCGCUUCGCCGCUGUCUUCCUCCUCCUCUGUUUCCUCCUCUUCGGCGAUGCUUGGCGGCGGCGGCGGUGGCGGCGGCGGCGGUGCUGGGGCUAGGAAGGUUGCGGUCUCCGGUGCCCGGGGUGCCGUUGGGUCCACUAAUCCACCACCAAGUCAGAUGGUGGUUGGGUGGCCACCAAUAAGAGCAUACAGGAUGAACAGCUUGGUUAACCAAUCCAAAGAUAAUACAUCCUCAAAUGCUGGAGUCAUCACAGCACACAAGAAGACUAAUGAAAGCAGCAACAACCAUCCAAAAGAAGUAAUUGCUAGGGAACUUGAAAAGAAAAGGGGGCUUGCUGGGAAAUCUCUCUUUGUUAAGGUGAACAUGGAUGGCGAUCCCAUUGGGAGGAAGAUUGAUCUGAAUGCCCACAGCUCCUAUGAGACCCUUGCAGUAGCACUUGAGGCCAUGUUCCACAAAUCAACAGGAGGACUUGGUGCUUCCAGACAUGUCUCGAGAACCUCAAAGUUGCUUGAUGGCUCCUCCAAGUUUACACUAACAUAUGAAGACAAGGAUGGAGACUGGAUGUUGGUUGGAGAUGUUCCAUGGGGAAUGUUUUUAAGCACUGUCAAGAGACUUAGAAUCAUGAGGACAUCUGACAGCAGUGGGCUUGAACCAAGGCUUCAUUCCUCCAAGUCUGGUGAUAGGCUAAGAAAUGUUGCCUAGCGUCAAAACAAGGCGUUCAGUAGUUGAGGAUCGUAGGAGAAAGGUAUAAGAACACAGAAUUUUUUCCCCUUUGUGGUGGGUGGGUGUUUGGUGGAGGGGGUGGGGGUGGGGGGAUGGGUUUGGGGGCCUUGGGGGUUGCUCAAUUCUAUAACUGUUAUUUUGUUUCAUUUUGUUCUUUAAUCCCCCUUUUUGUGUUGUGUUUAUGGGUGUUGGUUGUGGUGGUGGAAAUGGUGGAGAUGAAUGUUUUGAGUUCCCUUUUGUUGGGUGGUUUUCAUGUUAUGGCAUCAUGUUUCUUAUCUACCUUAUUGCUAUAAGUAUGCUUAAUACAUGAAUUCAUGCUUUCGAUGGUGAAAA